CUGGGCUCUGCCCGCUGCAAUUCUGAAACCCACCGGUCGUUGGAACCUAGGGCAGCUCUGGAGCCCCGCACUGGCGACUAGAAUCCUGUCUUCUCCAGGCUACCCUACCUUCCUGGGCUCGUGAAAUUGCCACUCCUUUCGUAGUCGCUCCUGAGGUCUGCCUGUGGGAGAAUGUCACAAGCAAAAGAGCCGAAUGUGGACCUGAGAUGAGCAAGAACGAAAGCUGGAGCCUGGGUGUGCAGCGGCCGUGCUCUGGGUGCUAAUGGAAGAUGGGUGACUUGCCCUUAGAUAUCAACAUCCAGGAACCUCGAUGGGACCAGAGCACAUUCCUAGGCAGAGCCCGGCACUUCUUCACCGUUACUGACCCUCGAAAUCUGCUGCUGUCCGGGGACCAGCUGGAAGCUUCCCGCAGCAUUGUGCAGAAUUACAGGGCUGGUGUGGCAAUCCCGGGGCUCACUGAGGACCAGCUAUGGAGAGCCAAGUAUGUGUACGACUCUGCAUUCCAUCCGGACACAGGGGAGAAGGUGGUCUUGAUUGGCCGCAUGUCUGCCCAGGUGCCCAUGAACAUGACCAUUACUGGGUGCAUGCUCACCUUCUACAGGAAGACUCCGACUGUGGUGUUCUGGCAGUGGGUGAACCAGUCCUUCAACGCUAUUGUGAAUUAUUCCAAUCGCAGUGGGGACGCUCCUAUCACCGUGCGGCAGUUGGGAACAGCCUACGUGAGUGCCACCACUGGAGCUGUGGCCACCGCUCUGGGACUCAAAUCUCUCACCAAGCACCUGCCCCCACUGGUCGGCCGAUUUGUACCUUUUGCAGCUGUGGCCGCUGCCAACUGCAUCAACAUCCCCCUGAUGAGGCAGAGGGAGCUGCAGGUGGGCAUCCCGGUGACCGAUGAGGCGGGUCAGAGGCUUGGCCACUCCGUGACUGCGGCCAAACAGGGAAUCUUCCAGGUGGUGAUAUCAAGAAUCGGCAUGGCGAUUCCUGCCAUGGCCAUUCCCCCAGUGAUCAUGAACACUCUGGAGAAGAAAGCCUUCCUGAAGCGCCGGCCCUGGUUGGGGGCGCCCCUGCAGGUGGGGCUGGUAGGCUUCUGCCUGGUGUUUGCCACACCCCUGUGCUGUGCCCUGUUCCCCCAGAGAAGCUCCAUACAUGUGACCAGGCUGGAGCCGGAGCUGCAAGCUCAGAUCCAAGCACAGAACCCCAGCAUCGAUGUGGUUUACUACAACAAGGGACUUUGAGGGGAGUCAGCCUCCGCCCCUCUCCUUACCUCCUUAGGCUGCUUCCUGGGUGCCACCUUACAAUGCUACCACUUGUUUAUCUUCCGGGUCAGGGGACUUGAGGUGGGGAGCAGCCACUGAGACCAGCAACCCCUCAGCCUGGGG